CGGGGCGGCCGCCGCUGCCGUGCCGGGACCGCCGCCCUGCCGCCGAGCGCCCGCCGGCUUCCAUCUCGGACGCAGCGGGCCGAACCGAACCGUAAGUGGGCCGGGUCGCCCCUCGGGGGCCGCGGCUGAGCGGGCACGGCCCGCCCCGCUCCCCCCGUCCCCCCUUCGCCUCACGGCCGCCCGGUGAGACGCGACGGAAGCGCCCUGCCUCUCUGAUGGAUCCAUGCAAUGACUCCAGCCUGGAUUCCUCUGUUGGAAAGGGCAGAUCUCUGCCCUGGGCUUCAGCAUCUCCUGACAGACCUUAACUGCUGGCUGUGGCCUGGGUGUCUGGCCAAGGACCACUGAGCUGAAGGAGUUGCCAUGAGCUGGCCAAGCUGUAGAUGUUUGCUCUGCCUGCCCCAGACACCUGUUGCCUUUCACCAAAGCUUGAGCUUUUCCUGGGGCACAAAACCCACUUGUGUAGUUCUGACACCUCCAUUUCUAGUGACCUGAUGAGGCUCACUUGCCAGCCAGGGUCAAGUUGCUUGUGGAGAGUGUGAAGAGAAUCCAUUUUGGUAGCCUAGAGGAUCACUCAGUCACAUAAAUGCAGUAUCUAAACGUGAAAGAGGACUGCAAAGCCAUGGCUUUCUGUGCAAAAAUGAGGAGCACAAAGAAGAACGAGCUGCUGGAAGCUCAGCAUCAGGGUUUAGAAGUCCUCUUCUACCUGCAAGAUAAAAACCCCAUUCUUUACACCAGUGGGGAGUUCACCUCGGAGGAGCUGUGCAUUGAGGCUGCCCAGAAAUGCUCUAUCUCUCCUCUGUGCCAUAAUCUCUUUGCCCUCUAUGAUGAAACCAGAAAACUUUGGUAUGCACCAAACCAUAUCUUUAAGAUAGAUGAGAAAACAUCACAGAGGCUCCAUUAUCGAAUGAGAUUCUACUUCACCAACUGGCAUGGCACUAGUGAAAACGAGCCCUCAGUGUGGAGGCAUUCAUCCAAGAAGGCAAAGACCUCUUGUGAGAAGAAGCUGGCACCAGAGGGAACCCCUAUACUAGAUGCAAACUCACUAGAAUACAUCUUUGCACAGGGUCAGUAUGACUUUGUGAAAGGCCUGGCACCAGUCCGUGACGCUCAGAACGAGCAAGAGGGUCAUGAAAUUGAGAAUGAAUGUCUGGGGAUGGCUGUCCUUGCAAUCUGCCAUGAUGCCAUCAAGAAAAAUGUGAAGCUUCCAGAGCUUCCCAAGGAUAUCAGUUACAAGCAUUACAUCCCUGAAACUUUGAACAAGAUCAUCAGACAGAGGAAUUUCUUAACGAGGAUUCGGAUCAACAAUGUUUUCAGGCAUUUCCUAAAAGAGUUCAACAACAAAACCAUUUGCAACAACACCGUGUCUUCCCGGGACCUGAAAGUGAAAUACUUAUCAACCAUGGAGACCUUGACUAAAAACUGUGGAGCAGAAAUCUUUGAGACUUCCUUUUUGCUGAUUUCAUCUGAGAAUGAAAUCAGCAGAUGCAAUGGUGGGGACAGCGAGGUGCCCCCGGUGUACGAGGUCCUCGUGACGGGGAACAACGGGAUCCAGUGGAGGCUGAAGCCAACUUCUGUACAGACAGAGAAGGAGAAGAAGAAAAAAACAGAUGGCAAACCCAGAAAGGAUGAAGAGAAACAGAAAAUUCGAGAAAAUUCCUGGAACAAUUUCUCCUAUUUUCCUGAAAUCACCCACAUUGUCAUCAAGGAGUUCACAACAGUCAGCAUUAACAAGCAGGACAACAAACGAAUGGAAUUGAAGCUCUCCUCCCACGAUGAGGCCCUGUCCUUUGCAUCACUGAUAGAUGGCUACUUCAGGCUGACAGCAGAUGCCCACCAUUACCUCUGCACAGAUGUGGCUCCUCCCCUGAUUGAGCACAACAUAAAAAAUGGGUGCCAUGGGCCCAUUUGCACAGAAUAUGCCAUCAACAAGCUGCGACAGGAGGGGAAUGAAGCAGGGAUGUAUGUGUUGAGGUGGAGCUGCACCAACUUCAACCACAUUCUCAUGACAGUGACUUGUUGUGAAGACUCUGAGCAGAUGAUAAAUAAUUCAGUCCAGUACAAGAACUUCCAGAUUGAUGUGAAGAAAGGUGGGUACUUCCUGCAUGGUUCAAACAAGCCUUUCUCAUCCUUAAAAGAGCUGAUGGAUCACCUGAAAGGACAGAUACUUCGGACAGACAACAUCAGCUUUACACUGAAGAGGUGCUGCCAGCCCAAACCCAGAGAAAUCUCCAACUUGCUCGUUGCAACCAAGAAGGCCCAGGAGUGGCAGCCUGUGGAUCACCUGGGGCAGCUGAGUUUCCAUCUGAUCCUCAAGGAUGGAAUCACACAGGGAGAACAUCUUGGAAGAGGGACGAGGACACAGAUCUAUGCUGGGAUUCUCAACUACAAAGAUGAUGAGAAUGAAGGGAAUCAGCAUGAAAAAGAGAUUAAAGUCCUCCUCAAAGUCUUGGACCCCAGCCACAGGGACAUUUCUUUGGCCUUCUUUGAAACAGCAAGCCUGAUGAGUCAGGUGUCCCACAAGCACAUCGUCCCCCUCCAUGGAGUUUGUGUCCGGGACGUGGAAAAUAUCAUGGUUGAAGAGUUUGUUGAAUUUGGGCCUCUGGAUCUGUUCAUGCAUCGGAAGAGUGAACUCCUGACAACUCCUUGGAAAUUCAAAGUCGCCAAGCAACUUGCAAGUGCUCUCAGCUACUUGGAGGAUAAGGAUUUGGUACAUGGAAAUGUGUGUACUAAAAACAUCCUCCUGGCCAGAGAGGGAAUUGAUACAGAGUAUGGGCCUUUCAUAAAGCUGAGUGACCCGGGGAUACCAAUAACUCUGCUGUCCAGACAAGAAUGUGUUGAGAGGAUCCCCUGGAUUGCACCUGAGUGUGUUGAGGACUCCAAGAAUUUAAGCAUUGCAGCAGACAAGUGGAGUUUUGGGACCACCCUGUGGGAAAUCUGCUACAAUGGGGAAACCCCCCUGAAGGACAAGACCUUAGCAGAGAAGGAGAGGUUCUACGAGGGGCACUUUGUGCUGGCGACGCCGUCGUGCAAGGAGCUGGCGGACCUGAUGAAACAGUGCAUGAACUAUGACCCCCACCAGAGACCCUUCUUCAGAGCCAUCAUGAGGGACAUCAACAAACUGGAGGAACAAAAUCCUGAUAUUGUCUCUGAGAAGAAGCCCUGCACAGAGGUUGAUCCCACACUCUUUGAAAAACGAUUCUUGAAGAGGAUCCGUGAUCUGGGAGAGGGCCACUUUGGCAAGGUUGAACUCUGCCGGUAUGACCCAGAGGGUGACAAUACUGGGGAGCAAGUGGCAGUGAAAUCUCUAAAGCCAGAGAGUGGAGGGAAUCACAUUGCUGAUCUCAAGAAGGAAAUAGAAAUCCUGAGGAAUCUUUAUCAUGAGAACAUUGUGAAGUACAAGGGGAUUUGCACAGAAGAUGGAGGAAGUGGGAUUAAACUCAUCAUGGAAUUUCUUCCUUCUGGGAGCCUGAAGGAGUAUCUGCCCCGGAACAAGAACAAAAUUAAUCUCAAACAGCUUCUCAGAUAUGCAGUUCAGAUCUGCAGGGGAAUGGACUAUUUGGGCUCCUGUCAGUACGUGCACCGUGACUUGGCAGCAAGAAAUGUCCUGGUUGAAAGUGAGAACAGGGUGAAGAUUGGGGACUUUGGGCUCACCAAAGCCAUCGAGACAGAUAAGGAGUACUACACUGUCAAGGAUGACCUCGACAGCCCUGUGUUUUGGUAUGCUCCAGAGUGCUUGGUGCAGAGUAAAUUCUACAUUGCCUCAGAUGUGUGGUCAUUUGGGGUGACACUGUAUGAACUGCUCACCUACUGUGAUUCAGAGUCCAGUCCCAUGGCAGAAUUCCUGAAAAUGAUCGGCCCCACGCAGGGCCAGAUGACGGUGGCGCGGUUGGUGCGUGUCCUGCAGGAGGGCAAACGUCUGCCACGGCCCCCCAACUGCCCAGAGGAGGUGGAUCAGCUGAUGAGGAAGUGCUGGAUACUCAAGCACGAUGAGAGGACAACCUUCCACAACCUGAUUCAAGGAUUUGAAACAAUUAUGAGUAAAAUGUAAUUAUUUUUUUUAUACUGCCAGUACUUUAAAUGUGUGGCAAAACAGAAAUGCCCAAGGCCUCUUAUAUAUUUUUUUUUAAACUACUGUAAUUUGUACUCUGACUGUGCUAAUGCCUUCAAAAGGAUUCUCUCUCCAACAGUUUUCCUUUUUUUUUUUUUUUAAUUUUAAAUUUUAGUCAACAGUUGGAUCAAAUUAAUUAAAAGGUAUGGCAGAAACAAGAGCUUUAACUCUUUUUUUUGCUGCCUUACUGCAGGGCAGUCUUAUCUUCACCUGAUUUUGGUCUUGCCACAAUCUGAACUACCCUGAUGAAUGUGAACUGAGACAGCAGUGUCAAAAAAAAAAAAAACCAAACCCCAAACUGCUGCAGGUCUCAGUGGAGGCUGCAGCAUUUAAAACAAAUCUGCUGUGCAGGCUUAUUCCUUCAGUGACUCAACCAGUGGACAGAAGAGGGUGUGAGAUGGUAAUGUCAUCAUUUUUUAUGGGGUUUUGAGGGAGGUUUAAAAAGAAAAGGUCACCAAGAAAUGGCAGUGGUGUGCACUUAAGUUUUAGGAAGGAGGAAAAACCAAGUCUGGCAUAAAAAAAAAAAAAAUCCAGAAAAGCCAAAAAUAAUUGGUUUGUCCUAACUGGUCUGCAGGGCUGAGAUUUUAUAUAAAAAGACCUGACUGUUGUUUUAAAAACAAAACAAAACAAAGCCUGGAUCAGCAUUUCAUGGAGAAUCCCAGUUCCUGGGUAAAGGUUUGGCUUUUCCUCACUCAGGCUCCCCCCAUGCCCCACUGCCACCCUCUGGUGCAGCUGUGAGCUUUGCAGCUCCUCCUGCAGGAGGGGAAAUGUGUCUGGAAAUGAAUCCCACACCUUGGAGAGGGAAAAGAAAAUUCAUCUGUGCAUGGAGUGUGGGGGAGAAAUGUUCCUAAGGAUAAUGAGGGGCCUGAGCAGUGUUCAUUGCUGUUAGCACUUGUGGAAUGCUCCUCAUUGGGCUUAAGAUGAGGAAUUUUUCAAGGCCCAUUUUGGCCUUUUUUUUUCUUUUUUCCUUGGACUCAACCUGUGCACAGCUGCAGGAGUCACCCCAAGGGAGAGCUGGGGAGGGGGGGUGCCCAACUGGGACCACUUACAUUUUAUUGUUGGGACCAGAUUCAGCAUUUCCUGGGCACGUUGAGGACACUGCACUCUUCCUUCUGCCACUCCAGCAGGCACUGAGGAGACAGUGGUUUAACUGGAAACCUUUUGCUGACCCAGGGCCUAGAACUUUAGCUGCAAAUGUUUUCCCACCACAUCUGAAUUUUUUAUUUGGAAAUGCUUUUGAGGUGCAUCCUGGAAAUAACAGAAAGGUGUCGUGAAAUAUAUAUCUAUAAAUAUAUAUAAAAUUGUAAUUAUGAGUUGCAACGAGGUCAGAUUUAUUUUUACAGUAUUACUUUUUUGUUUUGUCCCCUGUAUGUCACUUAGGAACUUGAUUUGAGUCUGUAAGCACUUUGUUACUCUUUAUACAAACAAAUCUAAUAAAAAUAUUUUUUUUUUUUCCUCCA